AUCUCCAAUUUAAUCCUACACACUUGUCUCCACCCAAUGGUUUCUGUGAAAUUUGGUCUCAUUGCCCUUUCUAUCGUCUUGCAAUCCACUCUGUCUCAAGCAAAGGUGAAAGGAAAAUGGUUUGAUUCCAUUGGCAUCAUCAUGUCUGAAAAUGAAGACUUCCUGGUGACCAUGGCCCAACAACCUUUUAUCGACCUUGCCAGCAACGGUACCUUGGCUACCAACUACUUUGGAUUGUCGCAUGUGUCUGAACAAAACUACGUUGCUAUUCUAGCUGGAUGGUUGGAUAGCGAUAUUUAUCGUGGCGACUCUGGUACUCCUGCCAAUCUUAAUAUCACCUACCCUACCAUCUUGGACCAGCUGCUUGCUCAAGGAUACACUGUUAAACAAUACACUGAGUCGUAUCCAGGAGGUUGUUAUCUGGCAGACAUGUACCCAGAUGACCCUAAUACUGCUUUGUAUUACAAAAGACACUCUCCAUUCAAUAUGAUCAGUAAAUGGCGUGGAACUCCUCUGUGUGAAUCUCUCAUUGGCACCUACGAUGAUUUUGCAGCGGAUGUAGCCAACAACAACUUGCCAAACUACUUUUGGAUCAUUCCUAAUGAUCUGCAUAACACCCAUUCUGCAGAUACAUUUGUGGAUGCCAAUCCUUGGACGGCUGCCGAAGGCCCCAAGUGGCUCACUGCUGCCAAACAAGCGGACGCGCUAUUUAUCAAUACAUGGGAUGAGUCCAGGUGCGAUAACAACAAGUAUCCAUGCGAUGGUGGUAAAAUAGAUCAGUUGGUUGCCACCAUUAUGUGGGGUCCUAUGGUUCCAAAGGGUCAAAACACUACCAAGCGAUGGGAUCAUUACUCAGUUGCUCGUACUGUUGAGGAAAACUGGGGACUGACUCCAUUGAACUCAACUGGUGAUGGAAAUGCCACGGCCUUUGAUUUCUUGCUAUCCAAUCCUUCUCUCAAUGCCAGUACCACCAGCUCCACUCCCAUGGGUGCCUCCGGCGCUUCAGCAUCUUCUUCAUCGGCUGGAUCUGCUUCUACCGCCAAGUCCAGUGCUUUGGCGAUCAAGCCUACUGUGUUUGGUGCUACCAUCGCCAUAUCACUUCUCUCACUUUCCGCCAUAUUUUUGUAGAUUUCCUACUUCUGCCCCAUCAUAUCCGCAAAAUUAUGUAUCAGUAAAUACUCAAGUGUACUUUAUUUGUAUCCUAAGCGAGUUCCAUUAAUAAAGCAUUCAUUCCCAAUACCGUAA